AUGGCAUAUCAGCAGCGUCCAGUACAGAGAGCUCCUCCUGUACGUAACUACGGCCCCCCUCAGCCUGCUCCCGGCGGGAGGGGUUAUCCGACUCCGCCGCAAGAUGGAUACCUUGACGAUAGCUUCGAUAGCAACUAUCGUGGCUUCCCGAAUGGGGGUCAUGACCACCACGGGUAUGGGUAUCAUGGCGGAGGUGCAGUUCCGAGGUCAUAUGGACCGCCGCCCCGCGCCGCCCCGCGACCUUCGCGCGGUGGUUACGGCCGCCCUAUGGAUGAUCGAGGUCAAGCAUAUCGUGGAGGCCCGCCACCGCAAGGACAUAAUGGCCGUCGUGGGUCGGAGGAUCGAAUCCCGGUCCCAAGACAAGAGCGUAUGAGACCACCCGGGCGACCGCCGCAACCUCCUCAAAUCAAUACGUCGUUUCCGUCCCAAUACCAGCGUAGACCAAGUCUUGAAAGUGGAAUGGCUGCGAUGGAUCUCAAUGGCAGUUCAACAGUCCCUACCCAUGUUCCGGAUCGUCCGCAUACUUCUCAUGCUAAACGACCUCCUCGUCCUAUGUCUCCCGAGCGGAGCAGGGGCAAUACCCCCGGGACACCGGUGAGGUCCGCUAGCACAGGUCGCCCAUCUCCGGGCUCGUUCGAGAGGCGCAAUGGACCAUAUACGGACCCCCAAGAACCGCCACCUAUUCCUCAUAUCGACGGAAGCGCAACUAUACCAGUCUCCUCGCCGACACAAAGCAUACCUCCUAACCCAUUAUACCCAGGACAAGCGACUUACCAAGACCCCAGCUAUUCAGCCCCACAAGGAACCCAUGAGCGAUUUGACACCGCAGCAUGGGUGGACAGCUAUUACAAUCGAAAACAUGCCGAGGAGCCCGAUAUGCCUAACUUCGAUGCUAUGCUUGACCCUACCAAGGGCGGUAUUAUCGAUGAAAGCCUGCCUGGGUUGGAACAGCCGCAAGUCAAGCCGUCUCCUGCUUCGCCUACCUCAAACCGGCCCCAGUACGCGGCUUUCAGUCCGCAAUCGACACAUAAUCCUUACACCUAUCCUCCACCUGAUCCGCGAGGGGGACCCGCACCGAAUCAGUUUGUAGAUGCAGGCUUCCAAUUUGAUUUGCCCGCGGAUCAAGGACAUCCUGGUGCACAUUACCACGAAGGAGCAAAUUAUGCAUACAGCGCGGAUCCUUCUGAAGACCCAUACAUGCAACGAAACGACAAUUGGAGCCCCCCUGGACAAACCUAUCCGGAAAAUCCGGGGGGUUAUGCGCCCGCGGACAACUUUGCCCACGGCAGUGGACAACCUCAACAAUACAGAGCUGCUCAUGAUCACAGUCCACCCACCAGCCAACCCGAUAUCCCCGAAGAUCCGCAAAAUCCAGAUGCUCUUCCACAUCACCCCGUCCCGUUUCGUCCCGGUCUUGAGCAGGCGACCAAACCUGCUCCUAUGCGGCAGUACGAGAGUGCCAACAACUCAACAUCUCCUCCCACAGUACCGCAAGGUCCCCCCACUGAGUCAGCUCCACCUGGACCGGUCACACAAGGAGAGCUGCAACGCCUACAGCAGUUGGUCAAGGCCAAACCGAAUGACCGCAAAACCCAAUUACUCCUUGCGCAAAAGCUGGUCGAGGCCUCGACUGUUUUGGUUGAUGCGAGCCGAAUGGAUCCCAAAACUAAGGCCAAAGCCCGAGAGAAGUACAUCAUGGACGGUUACAAAAUCGUCAAGAAAUUGGUUUCUGCAGGAUAUGCGGAUGCGCAAUUUUACAUGGCAGACUGCUACGGUCAGGGUCAGAUGGGUCUACAGGUAGACCCUAAGGAAGCCUUCGGUCUGUAUUAUGCUGCCGCGAAGCAAGGACACGCUCAGUCGGCGUACCGUGUUGCCGUGUGCUGUGAGAUUGGUCAAGAGGAGGGUGGCGGUACUAAGAGAGAUCCGUUCAAGGCUGUUCAAUGGUAUAAACGCGCAGCCGGUCUCGGUGAUCCGCCCGCGAUGUAUAAGAUGGGGAUGAUCCUGCUCAAGGGACUGUUAGGCCAGGCGAGAAACCCACGUGAGGGAGUUACUUGGCUUAAGCGUGCAGCAGAACGCGCCGACGCUGAAAAUCCGCAUGCUCUCCAUGAGUUAGCCUUGAUGUAUGCCAAUGGAGGAAAUGACGUGGUUGCACGUGAUGAGGCCUAUGCAAGCCAGUUGUUCCACCAGGCCGCAGAACUAGGAUACAAAUUUUCUCAGUUCUACCUGGGCAAUGCCUAUGAAUAUGGUCUGAUGGGCUGUCCUGUGGAUCCUCGGCAGAGUAUUAUCUACUACACCUAUGCUGCCGCACAGGGAGAACACCAAAGUGAACUGGCCCUUAGUGGAUGGUAUCUGACGGGUGGAGAGGGUAUCCUCCAGCAGAGUGACACGGAAGCGUAUCUCUGGGCUCGUAAGGCCGCCACUGCUGGUCUUGCUAAGGCUGAGUAUGCAAUGGGCUACUUUACUGAAGUCGGUAUUGGCGUUGUCGCAAAUUUGGAUGACGCGAAACGUUGGUAUUGGCGCGCAGCUGCACAAGGGUUCCCUAAGGCUCGCGAACGUCUCGAAGAGCUUAAAAAGGGCGGGGCGCGGAUGCAAAAGACUCGACUCUCUCGGUCUGCCGUCAACCAGCAAAAGCAAAACGAAGGGGACUGUGUUCUCAUGUGA